AUGGCAGAAGGACCCAUUCGAAGGGCGUGCAAUCGCUGCCACACCCAAAAGCUGAGUUGCAAGCGACUUGGAAACGAACCCUGCGAGCGUUGCGUACGACUCAAGGCGGAGUGCAAGUCAAGUCCUUCUUUGCGAUUCAGAAAAUCAAACAGCAGUACCACUGUUGCCAACACGUCCACGCCACAACAAGAUCACCGCUCUCAUAAAAGAAGAAAUGAUGGUUUGGGACCCAUGCCAUUUUACUCACAGGCAGGAAUACCAUAUCCUGGCCCGUACAGCUUUAACGGAAUGGUCGAAAAUCUGUGGCCAGCACACAAUGUCGAUGCCGGGCAUCUCAUCUACCCAUUCGAUGGGAACCAAAUCCAUCAGGCUCUGCCGCCACAGCAUAUCGACUGCCAGGGUGACCAGAGCAUGCUAUCUCGCGGGGAUCGUAUCUCAAGCUCAAUGGACAACAUACCAGAAUCGUUACGGGGUUUGGGUACCGCGCCCACAAGUUCAACCUUUCAAUUGAAGAACGACCUCACUCAGUUGUGGGUCACUAAUCCGAGCGUCUGUCAUGGCCCGUACGUCACAGAGCUUGCCAGACCCAACGAGCUAAGAUGUGAGGUUGAUGUGAAAGCGGUGCCGGGCAUAGAGGUAAUGCCUGAGACAUCCUUCCUAUCUCACAUACCCCCAGACGGAGUGAGCUCCAACCGUUAUCUUUCUGAAGAUGCUUCUUAUUGUAGCUCUUCACACCUCACGUCGAAAGACAGCCCACCAAAGCAUCGCGCUGAACACCACAUACCACGCAAGACUGUAUCAAAGCCUUUAAUGUCGAAUCUCUGUGAUAUUAGUGCUCAGUUAUGGGGCAUGAGCAAUACGAUCACGACAGUGGGAAGCGGCGGCGGCAUAAUUCUAGAAGGAAUGAAAGUCACACACAGCAGCCAUGGAAGCUCCCGUGGCAGUACGCAAAGUGAUGGCCAAUCCCUGCAGGGAACACCACAAGAUCAAUAUUUCCCAAUGGGGGACCUAUUUGCUGUCUCACGCAAUUUUAUUCAGGUGGUGCAAAUUGCCUGCCUUGGCCAAAAUGAAAACACGACACAGACCUUUACGGAGGACAUUGUCGCCACUGGAAACAAGACGGGGGACCGAGUGGAUGCCGAAAGCUUUGUGGUCCUCGCAAAUUCGAUAUACGCAGCAUUACUGGACGUAUACCAUCGCAUAUUCCAUAUUGUGGACGCUAUCGCCAGCAGUGAAUCUUACCCUCCACCCUCUCACAACAGCUGUGACAGCUUCAUACCCACUAGCGAAGGCGACUUGAAGCAAUCUCUACAGUCUGUGACAGCCUCAGCCUCGUGGAAAGACACGGCAGCACUCUCAUGCCUAAAGGUCUUUCACUUUCCAGACGUGUCUGUCGGAGGGUUCCCCAUUGUCUCAACACCGGCGCUGCAGCUCGGACUGGGGUUACGCCUGGCCGACGAUUUCCUAUGCCAGUUCGGAAACGUGGUCGCCAUGACGCAGACUUGUUUCUCCUCCACCACGCAUGUGGGGAGCGUGACUGUGAGUGCGCUGGCCGAACAACACCAGCAAUCCUUGCCAACAGUGAGCGCCAGCUACUUUCCCCAUCCUCCGUUGGUGGUGUCCAACGACCUCUGUGUAGGUGAUGGCUUUGCCGGCCUCAUGGAUUGGGACGCGUCCGCAUCGGCAUCGACGGCGACAUCUGUCUUUUCGUCGUCAGGAAGCAACAGCUUGUUCUUGUCGCAAUAUGGACAGGGCAUGCACAGUUCCUCGCUUUUGGACGACGUUGUGCGUCGAGAGCACCAAGUAAGACAGGAGUUGGCGGGUCUGCGGAACAAGUUGGCAACAUGA